AUGAACAACCUAAAGCUAGGAGUCGAGGUCGCAAGCGCCCAUGACCUAAUCCCAAAAGAUGGUCAAGGUUCUGCUAGCCCAUACGUCGAGCUUCAUUUCGAUCAUCAGAAAUUCCGAACAACGAUCAAAGAGAAAGAUCUUAACCCUUAUUGGAACGAAACUUUCUACUUCAACAUUUCAGAUCCCAACAACCUAUCCAAUCUCACACUCGACGCAUACAUCUACAACAAUAUCAAAGGAAACAACUCAAGCUCAAACUCAAACUCAAAAUCCUUCAUGGGUAAAGUUCACAUCAACGGAACAUCAUUCGUACCUUAUUCAGACGCUGUCGUUUUCCAUUACCCUUUAGAAAAACGAAGCUUUUUGUCACGCGUAAAAGGCGAACUCGGCCUUAAAGUUUUCAUCGUCGAUAACCCUUCAAUCAGAUCCUCAAAUCCAAUCCCUCAAAUGGAAACCUCUUCCCAUGGGCGUAAAGAAAGAACAUUUCAUCAUCUCCCAAACCCUAAUUUCCAACAACAACAACAACCUCAGUUUCCUUCACAGCAACAACCAUACAUGGCAUCCAUGAAUCAGCCAGAAGGACAACAAUACGAAUACGAAGACAUGAGAAAUCUAAACCAAAGUCAAAUUCAAAGUCAACCAAAAGUCGUCCGGAUGUACUCCGGUUCAUCAGCACAACCACUAGAAUACUCCAUCAAAGAAACAAACCCGGUUCUUGGAGGUGGACAGGUCAUCGGGGGUAGAGUUGUAAAUUCAGACAGAAGGCGAGCGAGCACUUACGACCUAGUCGAGCCUAUGCAGUUUCUCUUCGUUCGCGUCGUGAAAGCACAAGACCUUCCGAGCAAGGACGUCACCGGAAGUCUCGACCCUUACGUCGAAGUAAGAAUCGGAAACUACAAAGGAAUCACACAACACUUUUCCAAAACAUCAAACCCGGAAUGGAAUACAGUUUUCGCAUUCUCAAAAGAAAGAAUGCAAGCAUCUGUAUUAGACGUUGUGGUGAAAGAUAAAGACGUGAUAAAAGACGAUUUCGUCGGAAGCGUUCAAGUGAAUCUUCACGAUAUUCCGACCCGGGUCCCACCCGAUAGCCCGUUAGCUCCGGAAUGGUAUCGACUUGAAGACAAAAAAGGGGAAAAAAAGAAAGGCGAAUUAAUGCUUGCUGUAUGGAUCGGAACUCAAGCCGAUGAAGCUUUUCCCGAUGCUUUUCUUCUAGAUGCAGCCAUGAGUAAUGUCGAUAGUUCAGUUUCUUCAAUGUUCACUCGCUCAAAAGUUUAUCAUUCUCCACGACUUUGGUAUGUUCGUGUCAACAUACACGAAGUGCAAGAUCUUGUUUUGGGUGAAAAAAACCGGUUCCCGGAUGUGUAUGUAAAAGCCCAGAUUAAUAACCAAGUUUUGAGAACAAGACCGGUUCAGGUAAGAACUGUAAACGCGUUAUGGGAUGAGGAGAUGAUGUUUGUAGCAGCUGAACCGUUUGAAGAUCAUUUAGUCGUUAGUAUUGAAGAUCGAGUGGGACCCGGUAAAGAUGAAUGUUUAGGGAAAGUUUAUAUACCUUUGAAUUCAGUCGAAAGGCGUGCAGAUGAUAGAAUUGUUCAUUCGAGAUGGUUUAAUCUUCGAGAUCCCGGUGAUUAUGAAAGUGAUGAGAAGAAAAUGAAAAAAGACAAAUUUGCCACUCGGCUUCAUCUUCGUGUGUGUCUAGAUGGUGGGUAUCAUGUACUCGAUGAGUCGACUCAGUACAGUAGCGAUCUGAGACCCACUGCAAAACAGCUAUGGAAACCGUCAAUUGGGAUACUCGAACUUGGUAUUUUGAACGCUUCUGCUUUACAACCAAUGAAAACGCGCGAAGGAAAAGGGACAAUAGACGCGUAUUGUGUCGCGAAGUACGGUCACAAAUGGGUCAGGACACGAACCGUGGUUGACAAUUUGGCACCACGGUUCAACGAGCAGUACACUUGGGAAGUGUACGACCCGUCAACCGUUCUCACCGUGGGCGUUUUUGACAACGCCCAACUCGAGAACGGGAACUCAAAAGAUGUUCGGGUCGGGAAGAUCCGGAUCCGGAUCUCGACUCUUGAAACGGGUCGGGUUUAUACCCACUCGUACCCGUUGCUCGUACUUCACCCGACAGGUGUCAAGAAAAUGGGAGAGAUCCAUUUAGCAAUCCGGUUUUCGAGCACUUCUAUGAUGAACAUGAUGUUGAUGUAUUCAAAACCUUUACUACCAAAAAUGCAUUAUGUGAGACCACUGACUGUCGUCCAGCUUGAAAUGCUGCGACACCAAGCGGUCGGGAUAGUGGCGGCUCGGCUAAGCAGAGCCGAGCCGCCACUCAGGCGAGAGAUUGUUGAGUACAUGACGGAUGCGAAUUCGCAUUUAUGGAGUAUGAGACGGAGCAAAGCGAAUUUUUUCCGGUUGAUGUCGGUUUUCAACGGGGUUUUUGCAGUUAGCAAAUGGUUUGGGGAAGUUUGUUCAUGGAAGAAUCGGAUUACGACGGUUCUUGUUCAUAUACUCUUUGUAAUGCUCAUUUCCUUUCCGGAGUUGAUUCUCCCAACGGUUUUUCUUUACAUGUUUCUAAUCGGACUCUGGAAUUACUGGUUCCGGGCGCAAUACCCGCCUCACAUGAACACGAGACUAUCGUAUGCAGACGGAGUUCAUCCGGAUGAAUUAGACGAAGAAUUUGACACGUUUCCGACUUCUCGGAGUUCGGAAUUGGUGAGACACCGGUAUGACCGAUUACGGAGUGUGGCGGGGCGGAUUCAGUCGGUGGUUGGGGAUAUAGCGAGUCAAGGGGAACGGUUGCAGGGGCUGCUGAGCUGGCGUGAUCCGAGAGCGACGGUUAUAUUUAUGGUGUUUUGUCUUGUAGCGGCAUUUGUUUUAUAUGCUACGCCUUUUCAGGUGCUGGUGAUUGCGACUGGGUUUUAUGUUAUGAGACAUCCUAAGUUGCGUCAUAGGUUGCCGUCUGCACCGCUGAAUUUCUUCCGAAGGCUGCCAGCCCGCACCGAUAGCAUGUUGUGA